AUGAGUGCGAAAAAAUUAAACAAGUAUAAAUAUGCGCUUAUCACAGCUUGCAAUAAUAUUUUACUACUAGUUAUUGGCAAAUUGGCCCAUACCUGUAAUCUCAAGGAAGAGCAGGAUUUAGCUGACUCUGAGUCAGAAGAAGAGUUUAGUGACGCCAAGUCAGAAGCUUCGGCACAAUUAGGGAAAAAUGCAUCUUUACAUGUCAUAAACAACAAUUAUACGGAAUUUGCUAAGCGUGUCGAGGAGCUUUCGGAUGCAUUUGAGCGUUCUUUGAUCAUUGAAGGGAUGACACAAUCUAAGGCCCAUGAAAUGGCAGUCGAGCAAACAGUUAACGUUUGUAGACUUAAUACUCGGUCGGAUUUGGUCAAAUCAAUUUUAUCGUCAACUACCUUCAGUGAUUCAAAAGACGUAGUGGCAAAAAUGAUAGUCGAACAAAAUAAUCAAGUGAAAGAGCGCCAAGUUAGGUACACUAAUAACGGUAAUAACAGUAGGUACAACAAUAACGGCGCAAGGCAUAACGGCAAUAAUUUCAAUAAUAAUAGCAAUCGGUCAUCGAAUAACAGCAACCGGAACAAUAACAGCAACAUUAAUAGUAAUAGACGUCCAAAUUCACGCAAUAAUAAUAAU